UUCAGACAUGUUGCUCACUAACAUAACAACAAUCAAAGACUUUUUCAUUGUUGGAUUUCCUGGCCUGUUGCCAGAGUAUUAUGGGCCUGUGUCAGCUCUUCUCUUUUUGCUUUUCUUGGCUAUAGCUGUGGGGAAUGUUUUCAUCCUAGUGAUUGUCAAAUAUGAAAAGUCUCUUCAAAAACCCACAUAUCUCAUUUUUUGUCACUUAGCAUUAACUGAUUUGAUGUUUGGCACAGUGACUCUCCCGAGGGUUAUAUCAAAAUACUGGUCUGACAACAGCAUUAUUUCAUUCUAUGCCUGUUUUACACAAAUGUUCUUUGUUCACUAUUUAGCUUCAACACACUCUUUCAUUCUGAUGGUGAUGGCUCUUGAUCGUUUUAUAGCUAUUUGUGUUCCACUGCGUUACACAUCACUUUUCACAAAUACCACAGUAAAUGGGCUUUGUGGGAUUUCGUGGAUCAUGCCAAUUUCAUGGAUGGUCACCUUAGUAGUUGAUGCCAUGAAACUACCCUUUUGUAAUUCAAACAUAAUUGUUCAGUGUUAUUGUGACCAUAAUUCAAUAAUAAGUUUGGGAUGUGAGAAUGUACGAUUUUCUGCAAUUUUAGCAUUGGGAUUUGCUAUGUUUUGUUUGCUGGUCCCUCUUGCGUUCAUCAUUUUAUCAUAUAUUUUUAUCAUUGUUGUUGUUCUACAAAGGUCUUCAUCUACGGGUCGCAUUAAGACUCUGUCAACCUGCACACCACAGCUCAUCAUCACAGGUCUUUACUAUUUUCCAAGAUGCUUUGUGUACCUGGCAAAUUUUGUGGGAUUCACGUUCAAUGUUUCACUUCACAUUUUCAUUGUAAUGUUGUACAGUCAUAUACCUGCUGCUGUCAACCCACUCAUUUACUGUUUCAAAACUCAAGACAUCAAAGAAAUAUUGAAAAUUAAAUGGUCAAAAGUAAAAAUUCAUUUGACAACAAAAACUUUUUAAGUACUUAACUCUAUAAUGGAUUUCAAAUGAAAAUGUUUAAAAGUAUUUCUGACACCAUCAAUCUUGGCUCCACCCACUGAUCAAAUUAAAGCACGUCCUAAUGUCUAACAACUUCUGCCAGAGGUCUAGAAUUGUACAUGUCUUAGAAAAGUUUACUACAAUAUGUGUUUUAUUCUUUAAUUUUACUUUUUUUCCUUAUUUAUUGUCCGCAUGUGUUUUCUUGUAAUAUCUGAAAAAAUUA